AUGAACUGCGAGUCCAGUAUCAGUGUUAAGAUCAGCUUAAGGAAGCUGUGAUGAGCAUCAACAGGCCUGAGAGUCUUCUUCACGUCAGUUAACGGAAAACUGGAGACCAAGGUGUACAUCGCAGGGCUGCCCAACCGCACCGCAACGGUCGGCUGUUAGACUUCGACGAGGCAGACAGUAAACACAAUAGCAUUAAGUCCCACUCCUGCCCCCUGUCUCGCCCCCCAAGACACUCUGAGACCCCAACACUCACCCUACAGGAAGUGACCUCACAGCCAGGUCGACCAAUCACCACACAUCUCUGUCCUGAGGCCCAAAUCUGUGUAUAUGAUCCUCUACCUAAUGAUUAGGAGGAGGGAGAGAGGGAGGGAGGGAGGGAGAAAGGAGUGGGGGAGGUAGGUAGGUAGGGGGAGGGA